AUGUCUUUCACUCUGCGUUGGGGCAUCCUAGCCACCGGCUGGAUCGCUGAGACUUUCAGCAAGGACCUACUGACAAACCCCGCCACCCGCGAUGUGUCUGACGUUGCCCACCGCAUCGUCGCCGUGUCCUCAUCCCGCGAUGCCCAGAAGGCUCGCGACUUCCUCACCAAGAUUGACGGCCCCCAGGAGGCUAAGACGUACGGUUCCUACGCCGAGCUCGUUGCCGAUCCCGAUGUUGAUAUCAUCUACGUCGCCACCCCGCACUCCCACCACUUCCAGAACGCCAUGCUGGCCCUGCGUGCCGGCAAGCACGUCCUCUGUGAGAAGGCUCUGACCGUCACCGCCGAGCAGGCCCGUCGUCUCGUCGCCACGGCCCGAGAGAAGAACCUCUUCUUCAUGGAGGCCGUCUGGACCCGCUACCAGCCCCUGAGCCUCAAGGUCCGCGAGCUCGUCCAGGCUGGCGAGAUCGGUACCGUCUCCCGCGUCACCGCAGACCUGUCCUUCAACAAUGUCGAGGACCACGACACUGGCCGUCUGAGUUUUGCCGACUCGCACCGCAUGGUCAACCCUGACCUUGCCGGCGGCGCCCUUCUCGACCUCGGCAUAUACUCCCUGACCUGGGUCUUCCAGAUCCUCUACCACCUGCAGGCCGCCGACGCUAAGGAGAAGCCUGUCGUCACUGCCGCCCUAAACAAGUACGCCGCCACCGGCGCCGACGACAGCACAGCCAUCAUCGUCCGUUUCCCCAAGCACAACACUCUCGGCAUCGCUACGACUUCGCUGCGCGCCGACACGGACGCCUCGGGCGCCGGCAAGACACCUGGCAUCCGCAUCCAGGGUUCCAAGGGCGAGAUCCAGGUGGCGCACCCGGCGUUCCGGCCCGACAGCUACCGCGUCGUGCGCAAGGGGGCCGCCGAGGGCGAGGUCGAGGUCGUCGAGUGCCCGCUGCCCAAGGAUGAGUCGCGCGGCGGCUGGGGUCACGGCUUCUUCUGGGAGGCGGACGAGGCGGCACGGUGCGUGCGCGACGGCAAAGUCCAGAGCGAGGGCAUGCCGUGGGAGGAGAGCGUCGUCAUCAUGGAGGUCAUGGAUGAGGCGUUGAGGCAGGGAGGCGUCGAGUACCCUGCCCUCAUCACGAGCCACGAGUUUGAUCCUAAGAGCUCCCUCAACACAGGGCGGUAA